AGCGAGUUUAAGAUUUGCUAAUUGGUCGUUUAAACUAAAUUAAGCGUUUAAAGUACACAGAAAGAGAUUAAAAAAGAUCGUAGUAAACAUGAGGAUCUAUUGCCUAGCACAUGCAUUAUUCUGCGUGUUAUUCGCAAUUUCUGAUCUGACAGAUGCGGAAACCUGUGACUUUAGCCGGAUUCCUUUGCAACAAAAUUUUAACAUGAAACGUUUUCUUGGUAAUUGGUUUGAGGAAGAGAGGACGGAACUACAAUGGGGACAGAAUACGUGGCAUUCUGCAGUCUGGAAUCUGUUCGAGGCUGCCAGUGGGACUAGUUAUUUUUCGUACACAGGACAUUCCGAGAGUAAAGGAUGUUCUUCUCCAGAGACUGGAUUCUUUACUGAUACGUCGCUGAAUGGUCGAGUUACUCUGACGUCAGAAAAAGGACAAUACGAACUAACUUUCCAAGUAGCUUACACAGAUUAUCAGCAUGUUGCCCUUGUGUACAUGUGUUAUGAGCCGCUAGUUAACGGGGUAUGUCACAAGGGUAAGAUGCAUCUAUCAUUGUUGUCACGCCAUUCGCCUCUUACAUCGCAGCAGAGGUCUACCCUGAUCAGCCACCUUGGCAACACAUGUUUAGUAGAAGCGGAUAUCAUUAAAGCUUUAACAGGACUUUGUGUUGCUCCCACACCAGACCCUGUGUUGGUCGGGCGGUAAUGAAAUUAUUUGUUGUCUACAGCGUAUUAAAUACAGGAAUAAUAAAUAUCUAAUGGAA